AUCGCGGCGACUUUGAUGGCAGUUGCGCCGUUGCUGCUGCUCCUGAUUCCCUACUUUGGCGCCGGCAUCGGAUGGAUCCUGCGAACCAAGACUGACGGCACGCGGAAACACCUGGUCAACCUGAUGAACGAGGAGCACAAGAAAUACCUGCAGCAACGCAAAGGAUCGGACUCGCCCAGCACGACCAGCGACUCAUUGGACGAAAACGGCGAGCUCAAGGCCUCUACAGACUGGGAUGGAGUUGUUGGCUUCUUUCACCCCUUCUGCAAUGCUGGAGGUGGCGGAGAGCGAGUUCUGUGGGCUGCGAUUCGAGCGACGCAAGAUCGAUGGCCGAGGGCCAAGUGCUUUGUGUAUACUGGAGAUCGCAGCCUGGCCAAGGAUGCGGUUCUGAAGCGGAUCAAGACCCGAUUCAAUAUCCAGCUCCACGCCCCGACGAUCCAGUUCCUCGACCUGUCCAAGACACGCUGGGUCCUCGCUUCCAGAUGGCCAGUCUUUACUCUUCUUGGACAGUCGUUCGGUUCGAUAAUCUUGGCCUGGGACGCCUUCACCCUUCUGGUUCCCGACAUCUUCAUCGACACCAUGGGCUUCGCAUUUGCGCUCAGCUUUUCGAAACUCUUGUUCCGGCGCGUGCCGACUGGCGCGUAUGUGCACUACCCGACCAUCUCUACCGACAUGUUGGAAUCUCUGGAUCCUACAUCUGCAGUAGGCUCCCAGGGAGUCAAUGCGGGUCGCGGUACCGGAAGUAAGGGCGCUGUGAAGAAGGCAUAUUGGCGCUUGUUUGCUCAGCUCUACUCUGUUGUUGGAUCUUCCAUCGACGUGGUCAUGACCAAUUCCACAUGGACUCAGGGUCAUGUGAAGAGCUUGUGGGGUCCAUAUCGUCAAGACAAAGAUCGGGAACACCCCAUCACAGUCGUAUACCCCCCGGUGGCUGUGAGCGAGUUCGAGAAGGAAGUCGAGGUCUCCGCCGAGAGCGAAACGAAACGCGAGCCGAUCCUGGUGUACAUUGCUCAAUUCCGCCCCGAGAAGAACCAUCAGCUUGUGAUUGAGUCUUUUGCCAACUUUGUCAAGACCAAGACGAAAGCUGCAUCGAGGGCGCAGCUGGUCCUGAUUGGAAGCGUCCGAGACGACUCGGAUUCCAAGAGGGUCUAUAAGCUGCGGCUGUUGGCCAAUGAGCUCGGUGUCAAGGAUCGCGUUCAGUUUCACAUCAAUGCGUCUUGGGCAGAGAUCCUCGACUGGACAAGGAAGGCCUCUGUUGGCGUCAACGGCAUGUGGAAUGAGCAUUUUGGAAUAGGGGUUGUGGAGUAUCAGGCCGCCGGUCUGAUUGCCGUCGUUCACGACAGUGGUGGCCCUAAGCUGGACAUUGUCACCGAUAUUGAUGGUCAGCCAACAGGCUUCCACGGAUCAACGGCAGCCGAGUUCGCGGCGGGCUACGAAGCGGCGCUUUCGCUCGCCGAUCCGCUGGCAAUGCGUCUGCGCGCGAGGAAAUCAGCAAAGAGAUUCUCCGAGGAAGUGUUUGCGGAGAGGUGGCUGGCGCAGAUGGACCGGCUGGUGGCCCUUUGCAAAAGGUGAAGC